AAUAAACAGACCACUCGAGUGGAGCUGAGCGGAGCAGAUCCGACACUAGCUGAGCUGAGCAGCACCCUCAGGGAGUCCCUAUUGUCUUGUCUGGGCUACAGGUUGGUGGCUGAAUCCAGACUCCUUCUCCUGUGCUGCACACACGUCCUUCAAGGACAGGGCUCUGUGAGACGGGGCUUUCACUUACUAAGUGAAAGGUUUACUAUGGAGAGGACGUGGGCUCAAUUACAAUGUGAUUGUGUAAUUUGUAAUUAAUUGCAGUUACAGUAUAAUUGUAAUUGCAGUCCAAACUUGGCACACCUGCGUAAUUGUAAUUAUACCAUAUAAUUGAUCAAUUACGCAUAGAUUUGGUAUUCCUGUAUUUUCAACCACGUUUGGGGACCUCAUUUGUUUGUAUGAUUCUGUAUUUGUACCUGUGAUUUAUUGCCUGGUUAUUUAGAAUACAUAGAGUAAACGUGUUAAUGUGGGUAGUUGACUAUGUUACUUUUUAGUGCAAUAGUAAUUAGAAUUGUAAUUACUGCAGCAUAACAACUCGUUGUAAUUGAUUUUCAGCAAACAAUUCUGCUGUCAUUGUAACUGACCCGAAGUCAGCAAUGGAAGUUGUUUUACCUAUAUUUGCAGACAUGAACUGGCUUAUUGACACGUUUUUAUUUUUCUCAUGUGUGUCGAGUCGUAUCCUCACUCUUCAGUUUGUUUAGCAUUAUGAGAUGUGAUAAAUAUUAAGAUGAUACUGUUUAAUAUUGUUUUAAAUCGAACCCUGACAUUGACAUCGAUUAUCGUGCAAAUUCUAACAAUGAUUAUCGAUCAUUAAAGUUAAAAUGCUGGGAAAAAAAUCCCUCGCAAACAAUAAGUCCUCUUUUUGUAGAGCAUGGUAUAAAAAACUCAUUCAAACAAAUGGUGUUUUAAGACAUGUUUGAUAAAUACAUUGGCAUUUAAAUAUAGCACUCUCCAAUUUUCAUAUUCCUGCCGUCACUAGCCUUUGCCUUGUUUUGUGUAAAAUCUGACUAAUUUCCAGUGUAAGCAUAACAGUAAAUUAAGAAGAAAAAUCAACCCCACUGUCCAAAGGAGAAAAAAAAACAAGGUUUGAAAACUAAAUUAACAUUAUGGCCUAUUCACAUGGAAAUAAUUAAAUCUCUCAUUUUUUUAAACUUGCUGUUGGUUAUAAUUUUUGAAUUACGUGGCCCAGCUUCUGCUAGCGAAAGCAGCAGUCCCUUUUAGCAGCCAACUUUACAUGACUUUGCAUAGUCCCUUAGAUUUGCAUCUGCAGCGAGAACUACAUUCUCAACUAUGUCGUCAUUUUUCAAAACUACAUGAGGGGUAGCCUAGCCUUUCCUGCAACUGAACUUUCGACAGCGACAACUCUGGUUGAUCAUUUUAUUUUGUGUCGCCAUACUUCAAUAUGUAUAAUAUCUUUUUCAUACAUGUAUGUGGAUUUAUUAUUAAUUAAUUUACUGGCCACAUUGCAACCAAGAUAUGUAGAAUAUCUCUUUCAUACAUGUUUUGGCCGAAUCAGUAUAUACAACAGGACCAAAAACGCGUCACAUACUGGCGUGCUCAGAGAAGCGUUUCUCCCACGUGGAUUCGCUUACACUUACACAGUACAUUACUCAUCCAAUUAAGUUAUGUGUAUCGGUCCGGGUUCCUGAUGUGAUUAGAAGCUUGUUAAAAUUUCAGAAAGAAAACGGGACAGGAUUUAUUGAUUGACACUUACCAGCAGCCAAUAACCACUCUGGGCUCGCCUCACUGAUUGGUAGAUAUGGGCAUUCAGGGAGGGUGUAGUGUCCUCGGAGAUCUUAACUGAUAUUGUUAAGCGAGUGAACACUUUGCGAGUGUCCAAAAUGAAUACAAAAAAUCUGCAAUUAUUACUGCAGCGGAUCGUGUGCAAUAAUUUUGCAUUCUACUGGUGGCAAACUAAUUUGUACAGCCUGCAGUGUUUCUUUGGAUCACAUACGUCGAGCUACGAUCCAGCGGCAUUUAGACAGACAGCAAUCAGAAACGAAAAAGGAUGCGGAUAGUGCGUUGCUUCAAAACGAAAAGUUCUGGCUCAGAAUUCACCCUCUCCCUGAAUGGCAAGGAAGCUCUCACAGACACUGGGCAGACCCUGUCGGCCUGCGGUAUUGUGUCUGGGGAUCUCAUCUGUGUGGUCCUGCCAGAGGCCUUCCCAGCUCCCAGCCUUUCUCCAGCCCAGAACCACCCUCUUCCCACAACUCCCAGCCCUUCUCUAGCCCAGAACCACCCUCUCCCCCUAGCUCCCAGCCCUUCUCCAGCCCCGAACCACCCUCUCCCCCUAGCUCCCAGCCCUUCUCCAGCCCCGAACCACCCUCUCCCCCUAGCUCCCAGCCCUUCUCCAGCCCCGAACCACCCUCUCCCCCUAGCUCCCAGCCCUUCUCCAGCCCUGAACCACCCUCUCCUCCCAGCCCCCAGCCCUUCUCCAGCCCAGAAUCAACCUCUCCCCCCAGCCCCCAGCCCUUCUCCAGCCCUGAACCACCCUCUCCUCCCAGCCCCCAGCCCUUCUCCAGCCCAGAAUCAACCUCUCCCCCCAGCCCCCAGCCCUUCUCCAGCCCAGAACCAACCUCUCCCCCUAGCUCCCAGCUAUUCUCCAGCCCAGAACCACCUUCUCCCCUCAACUCCCAGGCAGCUGCAGACACAGACACAGCCCGGACCUUCCCACAGUGAGGAGAACAGAAGCACAUUGCAUCAGCACAGCAAGGAUACAGCGGGUCACUGGCCAGAGGCGGGGUUCAGGGGCUCUGCGAUGGAGACAGUCCCAGGACGCAGUGAUCGUGAUGAAGGGGCGGGUGGCUUCACUCCCGAGCCCAUGCUGUGCAGUGAGGCGGUGGAUGGGAAGGUGCCCCACUCUUUAGAGACCCUCUAUCACCUGGCUCAGAGCAGCAGCCCCUGUGAUGCACUGGUGGUGGCCGUGCAUCUUCUGAUGCAGGAGACGGGCUACCUACCAAAGGGCUCCGGAGCAGGGGCAGUGGGCAUGCCUGCUGGUUGGAGGGCUGGAGGGCUUUACAGACUGCAGUACACACACCCGCUGUGCGAGGGAGGGGCCGCUGUGCUGCUCGCUGUGCCCAUGGGCAACGUCCUUGUUAUUAACGCCACCUUGAAGAUUAACAGUGAGGUGCGCAGUGUGAGCAAAGUGCAGCUCAGCCCACCUUCCUACGUCUCAGACAGCAGCCAGGGGGAGAGUGCUGCAGACAUCUACAAGGAUCUCCAGAAGUUAUCCCGUGUCUUUAAAGACCAGCUUGUGUAUCCUCUGUUGGCGUCGGCCAGACAGGCUCUGGACCUGCCUGAUGUGUUUGGGCUGGCUGUUCUUCCCCCGGAGCUGAAGCUGCGUGUUCUGAGGCUGCUGGACGUCCACUCUGUGGUCUCCCUCUCCGCUGUGAGCCAAGACCUCAACACAGCCACCAGCGACCCCUCGCUGUGGAGGUUCCUGUACCUGCGCGACUUCAGAGAUUCAACAAGCAGAGACAGAGGGACGGAUUGGAAAGCUCUCUACAAGACGUCAUACAAGCAGGAGAGAGACAGACUGUGGCCAAUGAUCUACCCUUCCCUUUCCCCCUUCCCCUUCCAAUUCAAUCCUUACGACCCCUUCUCCACCCAACACAACCCCCCCUACCCCCCUUCCCCCCCCUACCUCCCAGGGAUCAUCGGCGGAGAGUACGACCAGAGGGCUAUGCUUCCCUACGUGGGGGGGCCUGGUGCCCCGUUUCUACCAGAAGUCCUGCACCCCCCCGUCCCCAGCUUCGACCUCAUUGGCCCCUUACCAGAGCCUGAGCCAGCCGCUCCCGGGAGAGGUGCGAUCGUUCGCCGCUUGCUGAGACCCGCCGGCAGCCAGUCUGCGGAUAUCCGCCGAGGGUUCAUUUGAGCUCUGGGAAUAAAGGACUGCUGUUUCUUUGG